AUGACGGUUGUGCAUGCUACGUGGGUGUUAACGAUAGCGUAUACCGCGUUGGGCAUACCGAUCAACAAUGGACCUGUGAAAGAAGCACUGCCGGUAAUGGAUCAAGUGGAUCUCCGGGAUAAGCGCUCAGGCUACGGCGGUCUUCACGUCAGCCCUUGCGCCGCCGCCUCCUCGCCAGUGCCUUCAUUUGCCCCUGCAUCCGCCUACCAGUUCAACAUGGCUCCGGCGCAGUACCACCGGCCGUAUAACCCAUACAACUACAACGCUCACCACUAUAAUAAUUAUCCGCAUUACCGUACAGAGCACGACGAAAAUGAACUGUUGAGCUUCUCCGACAUGAAUCACAUAGGUUCGGACAACGUGCCUGUGGGCAUCGAGGGGUUGAAUCUGCCCUACAAUUAUCCAGGAGAUCUCCGAACCGCGAUACUGAACUCGCCUCUCGCUCCGGUACAAGGUCUACCGUCUUUUGGAGCAUUCCCCUAUAGCAAUCCAAACGCUCUAAGUAUGCCGUUCCUCUUCAGUUGUUCUCCUUCAAUAGUGCCAGGCCAGAUGGUGCAUGCUCAGCCGCAAUACUACACCGGAUAUCGCGUAUCAGAUGUCCCUGGGGAAGUCGAUAUACAGUCGCUGCUCGAGCCUCAAGAACAUCAGCAAUCGCCGCAACCAGAACGCCCAGUGGCUCCACAAAAAACUAACAACGUUGAAACAACAACCCAG